AUGGCCAAGGGAGAUAAUUCGGUCAAACCGACAGAGGCAGCCGGUUUUGGUGACAACGAGAGGUGCCUCGCGGAUUUGUUAAAGGUCCACUUUCGGAGCUACUGCGAGAAGUCCACCAUUCACUGCGUUCGCUAUCUGUACGAUUCCCACCUGCAUAACUUGGAGAGGUUUGUGGUUUAUCCUCUAUUCAUAUCUACAUUCAAUUUUAAAUUGUAUAUAAUCAUUGUAUUUAGAAUCAUCUGGUCGAUGCUGCUCAUCAUUAGCAUCGGGCUGUCCUUCUUUUUCUACCUCCUGCUCUCCGAGCGAUUCGUUUCCCAGAAGCUGCAGACGGUGGUCCACGAUCCGCAGUUCCCCGUGUUUCUGGUGCCAUUUCCGGCCGUGGGAAUCUGCACGGACAACCGCAUCAACUGGAACAAGCUGGAGGCGGCCAAGGAGCAGUUCCUGCCGACCAAUGCCAGCGUGGAACUGGUCGAAAGUUUCACCGUCCUUGUUUCUCGGAUGGAAACUUUGCGCUUUGGCAGUUACCUUUCAAGCUUGGCCGAGCUGGAGGACGAUAACCUGGAGGCGGUGGGCUUUGUGAACCUAACUGAGCUGGCCAUAUUUAUGACUCUUCAAUGCUCGGAUAUCAUGGUACCGAAAUCCUGCCUGUGGCGCAGUUCCUCCUUCAAUUGCUGCGAAUACUUCGUGUUGGAGAAGACGGAGUUUGGAUUUUGUUUGGUUUUCAACUCGGAGGUUUCGCCACGCUCCAAGGCAAUUAAGCAGAAGGAGGGUAAUAACUUCUAUCCGAGGCACAAUGCCAAAGCAGGCCAGAGUACGGGCUUGAAUUUUGAUCUAAUCUUAAACGAGAGCUUCAGGCGACCCGAUUCGCAGGCGAAUAAUAAUGUCUACGUAAGUAUCUGCCAGGCCCCCGACCAACUGAACAAUGUCGUAUAUUCAAUAACCCAAAACACGGAGACCUACGUGACUGUCCGUCCGGGUCUCACUUGGACGGAUAACACCACGCGCAGUAUCCCGCCGGAGCGCAGGAACUGCCUCUUCGCGGACGAGCAGGGCGAACUGGACGCCAACGAUUCGGCCAAGAACUUUGGAAAGCCCUUCCAGCUCUCCAACUGUCUCAACCGCUGCCAUGAGUCCUACCUAAUUCAGCUCUGCAACUGCUCCUUGCCCAUUUUCUUCCUGUACAACCACAGAGUUCCGGAUUGCAACGCAGUCAGCCUGCGCUGCCUUGCGCGUCACAAUGACAUCUUCAGCUACGACAAGCGAAGGGACGAGGAUGCCCUUUUCAGUGCCACCAAGCUGGGAAUGACCUGUUCCUGCUUGGUGGACUGCUACCUGCUCGACUAUUAUACUUCCACCACCACACUGCCUUUGUCAGCCCAUAAACUACCCAAGGAUCCGCAUCAGAAACUCUUCAGGGUGGAUGUGCACUACCAAGUGGAGACCACACCUUUGUAUCGCACAAGCCUGGAGUUUACCAUUAUCGAUCUAAUUGCCAAUCUGGGUGGAAUCUUUGGACUUUGCUUGGGUGCUUCUAUGGUCAGUGCCUUCGAGUUGAUCUACUACCUUACUGUGGGACUUGCUAUGCAUCUAUAUGACCACCAGUACUAUGGGGUCUUAUUUAAGCACCUGAAGGCUAAGUGGGUCAAUUUAAAGGGCUACCUAAGGAACGAAGUUGGCCAUCUGGCUGAGAAUCCCGCUGCCCACAAGGAUACCAAUGACAGGAAAUUGAGGCAUCCUUUUAACUACAGAAAGAAUGUGUGGUAA